GUAAAUGACCACGUCAUUCAAUGUCUUCAUUCAAUGCCUCCCUCAAAGCAAACCGUUCACAGCACUGGGUUGGAAGCCAAUCACCAUGCAAUAGGGUAAGCUGUCCAGGACGAGCAAAGCACUGGGGAAGCUCAAACCAAGAAUCACACACAAGGUGUGUGAUUAAUUAUUAGCAAAUCUAAUAAUUCUGGGAAAUAGUCGUCGCUGGUGAAAAUAUCUAGUCCCUCAAUAAGCCAGCGGGCACCUAGCAGAGCCUAACUCACUGUAACUUAGUAGAGAUGGCUGCGUGAUCACACACUUUCAUCCGUAGCCAAACUGCUUGGAGACCAUGUUCCUAUUUAGCAAGGUUUUCUGAUCAAAACUGGGAAUGCAACCACAUCCUCGAUGUGUCCAGUGACCAACAAAACAAGGACUCUUCAGUCUUCCCAUGGAGAGCUCUCCACAGAACUCCGCCAUCCAUGAACAUCCCUAAUGAGGACAGAGGGACACUCUUUGUCCAGACCAAGACAUCCCACCGAUGUCAUCAAGCCACAGGUAGAAGUCCUCACUGCUUCCCGGAAGCAAGGCCAGGCUUUCGUCCUCCACCAUGAAGAUCGCUGUCUUCUGCUUUACCACUGUCUUCCUCACAACUCAAGUUCUACCAGUCAGGGGCAAGUUCAAGGAAAUCUGUGAACGCCCAAAUGGUGUUUGCCAAUCAUAUUGCCUUGAAACGGAAGUCUACGUUGGGAGGUGUUUAAAUAAACGACCGUGCUGCCUGCCCAUGGGGAAUCAACCCGGAGUUGAGAACGUCACACCCAAGAGCUGAAGCCUUUCGCUCGGAUCCCUCACAGCGUGUUUUAUCCCUGCUUCUCUCUCUCCUCUCUUUCUCUCUUCUGUGUUUUUGAAUAGGUUCUUGUUCAUUCCUCAAUAAGUAAUAAAGCAAAAUAGCGGAGAGAA